AUGGCUGCUACCGCCGCUAUGUGUGGCUUGGCAGCCCGGAUGUCUGUUGAUGGAUGUACAAUCCAAUCGGUUGCAGACAGAAAUGAUCUGGCGUUUAGAAGAAGACAAUACGCCUUUCUGUAUCGUACAUUUCUGGGAGCCCGGUUGUCUGGGCACCCGAAAUAUAUCAAAAGCUUGGAAGGAGGGUUCGAAAAAAAAUGGAAUGCCAGUUAUCGAGACAAAGGGUGUGCUGUCUGGCAGAAGUUCGGGGCGCUCGAAGGUCAAGUGAAGCCAAAAGACAUGGUUAUCUUUCCAAGUUGGUUGGAAGCAAUGACUAACAGUCAAACCACAGCCCGGAAAAGAAAAAUGGAUUUGAAAUUGAAAUUGAAUCUUGCUGGUGAACAGGCGAGUAUGAUGAAGGACGAAAGCUCGGAUGCCAAGCUACGUUGGUGGAGGCAAGCAGGCGGAGGGAGGGUACCUCUGUUCUGGCACAACAUCAAGCAACAAUGGCCGUACCUAAUGCUUUUCCGUGCUACCCCCAUUUUAGCGUGGCGGACUGAGCAGGCCGGGCAAGCAGGAAAGGAAAGACACAAAAAAGAGCUCGCCUCUAGGAUUUCAAGGAUGGUAGACCGAGGAGGUUGUGCUGGUGGAUGGACUGGAACGACAGACGGAUGCUACCUGUGA